CCUAUUGUCAAUAAUAUCGCCCAUCAAGCUUUAGAUUUCUAGCAAUGUUACUAUUCUGGGACGGCAGUUACAUUUACAAUUACUGUAAUCAGGAGAAGACAACAAUAUGUACAUUAGUAGAAUUGGGUGAGAGAAAACACAGAAAAUACUAAAUUACACUUCAUAUAAUAUAUAUUUUUUGCAAUUUAUAUAUAACGUAUAAACCAGUAAAUACUGAACUAUCUGAUGCUACCACUAGCUUAUUCCCAAUAUAGAAGUUCUGCAUUGUCAUGUUUUUAAUCUGUGACCAAAACUCCAAUCUCAAAUAAGUAUGGAAAUUAAAUUACUAAGUGCAUGACAACAGAAGAAUGGGUACGAGUACAUGGAUAAUUGCUUCUGUAUUUUUGUUGACGCUGACUCAAGCAAGGGCCCAGUAUGUCAAUACCACCUGCGAGGAAUUCGAAAAAAAUGCGAGAUUUGAUCCUUUUGAAAUAGUGGAUUCUAAAUGGAAAAUUAUCUAUUUUUGGUCCCCUACUGUAGAACCUCGUCCAGUUAUAUUUUCAUUACUUGCUCGAAAGAGAUUAGACAGAUUUAAAGAAGUGGUCAAUGCUUUGGAACCAGAACUACGUCCUGAAUGGGAUAAGGCUGCUUUCAUGAUGGAGCCGAAGCCUGGAGUUCAAGUAGUUAUGCUCUAUUUGGGAACAGCUGGGGCCUUCCGCGGAAUCGUCAAAUUUGAACAACGUUACAAAGAUCGACCGAUUCCACCGCCGCUCAUAAAACUCGCUGAUUUAAGAUUUAAAUUAGUAGACAGACACAUGGCUAUGAUGUGCUGUGAAGACAUGACUGCUUUUGUAUUAUCUCGAACUAAAGAAGUACCUUCCUCAGAAGAGGAAUGUCUACAAAUUGCAAGUAAAUUUGGCCUCAAAGGCGUUAGUGGUCGAUCACACUUUUACUUAAAAAGUCUGACACGUACUGAACUCUGAACAUGAAUAUUUCUAAUAAAUAGUCAAAAUAAUACAAAUAAAUAAUUUAAUGUAUUUUAUUUUACAAACUAAUAGUGUUCCAUGCUUUUGAUUUGCUCUAAUGACAAUUCUUGCGGUAGGAUAGCGGAGUCGUGGUUCACCGCUUACGAUGCGUCUAAUAUCUGCAUACGUAUGUAUGUAUGUAUAGGCAAUCGAUAUGGCAAUUUGACCCUGACUAAAUUCACGGCUACAUUUACGCGUUAACAAUUAAUUUUAUAAUAAUUUUUAAUAAACUAAAUUAGAUAAAUCUAUUCAUAGACAGCCAAUGAUUUUCUAUGUAAGAUAUGACCGAGUAAGUGACAUGUAUAUAUCCAACUUCCUUCCCUUAGUGGAUUCUUGAGUUGUUAGUGAAUAAUGCGAAAAACAGAGUCCCUGUGUCCCAAUAAAUCUUCGAUCCGUGCUAAAUCCUUCUCAGCCUUUCGCUUUGGGAUUACAGUUAUUAUAUACAUAAACAUCCGAGUACAAUAAGUGAAAUAG